AUGAGUAUAGACGAAAUCGCAUUAUAUGACAGACAAAUUAGGUUGUGGGGUAUGGCUGCACAGGCUAAUAUGCGGUCUUCUAGUGUUCUUUUAAUCAAUUUAGGAGCCAUUGGUAAUGAAGUUGCCAAGAACAUUGUUCUCAGUGGUAUAGGUUCGUUAACUAUAUUGGAUUCUAACGUUAUAACUGAGGAGGAUUUAGGCUCCCAGUUCUUCAUUGGAAAAGAGGAUGUUGGUACCAAAAGGUUGGACGCAGCCAGACCUCACAUCGAGGAUAUGAAUCCAAGAGUUAAAUUGUCCAUAGAUACGGACAAUGUAUUAUCAAAGGAUACAGAGUAUUUCUCUCAGUUUAGUUUGAUAGUAGCAACAGAUUUAACCCCUGCUGAAAUCAAGGAGUUGAAUAAGAAGACCAGAGAUGUAAAAGUACCACUUUAUGCUGCUGGAAUUAACGGAUUUUCCGGUUACAUAUUUGCUGAUUUGAUCCAGUUCCUAUCGGUUGACGAAAAACUUAAAAGUGCAAGGCCGGCCGAACUUGGCCAAACCAGCCCCAAUAAAGUCAUAGUUGAACUAGACGAGCGCAAAGAUGAGGAAAAAAAUGUGGUUUAUCAAGUUAUUACCACUAAACACACGUUCAAGCCUUUGGAUGAGCUACUGCAUUCCGCCAUCUUAACUAAUCAGCUAUCUAGAAGGCAACUAAAGCGCAUGACACCUAAAGUGCCUCUAACUCUAACAUUAUUGAAACAAGACACAAAAUACGAUUCCUUAGAUCUGGAAACCUUUCAUUCCCAAUAUCACUCUACCUGUAAGCAAUUAGGGUUGCAGAUUGAAGAGGUUUCGACCGAAACUAUUAAACAAUUCAUUGAUCAAAUUUCUGUGGAAUUAAGUCCAGUAGCUGCAGUUAUAGGUGGUGCUCUUUCGCAAGAUGUUAUUAACGUCCUUGGAAAACGACAGUCUCCUUUGAAUAACUUUGUAGUUUUUGAUGGUGUAACUUUAGAUAUGUGGGUAUUUGAACUAUAG